AAAAAUACAACAAUCAAAUAAAAGAAAAUACAAUUAAAUAAUUAUUGCUUCGAAUUUUCAGAAGACAAUAUUGAUGUUGAUCGUCCUGCGAAAUGGCAAGGAGAUGAGCCAACGGAGCGUGCUUUGUUUGUUCAGCCAUGAACAAGAACAAGGCUUGAAUGCGUGACUGCAGUUAGUUGCCGACUCAAUCUCCAUCGGAGCUCGGGAUUCGGCCGUCCGGCCACCGGAAUGACCAAACCUGAUGGCCGAGCGAUCGAGCUUCUCUAAUUACCGUUUUCAAGCAGUUCAACUAGUGUGAUAAAAAGUCAUACGGGAGUGUAGGUUUUGCAGGAACUUCGAGAGCGGAGGACGCCUGGAAUUUCCGAUUAGCUUCAUGUGGACUAUAAUAAUUAGAAGAAAAGGUUUAGUCAUGGCAGGAAAGUAUUCGAUUAAAUGCAGACCGUAACAGAGACGGAUCUUGUGCUUAAUCAACGAUCGAUUUUCCUCGAGGAAUCUGACUUUGACUGCAAAAACUAGAUAAAAUAUGAGUUGAUGUCUUGCAGUAUCCGUUGGAUAAACAAUCAGUUUCACCUAUUGUUUUUCCACAAGACCUAAAUGGCUUUCUUGACUGAUCGUUUGGGAGGCUUCCUAUUUAAGUCGUGAUGGAGUCUCCUUGUUUCUCCAGUCUUUCUUCAACAGUUGCAAGAGAUCAAAUUCUGGGGGGAUUUCAAAAUCAAGUGCUGGAGGGUUCAUGAUUAUGUAGAAGAAAAGCUGUAGAACUUCAGCAGUUCAGACUUCAGAGGCAUAUAUACAAACAAAACUAUGAAGUGUUUCCAAUUCCACAGUGGCGAGCAAAAGAACAACUCCAAGAGUGGAUCAAAGACAAGUUCAUCUCCUUUCUCAUUUACAGCCUACAUCCGAAGGAGGCACUCCACGCCGGAGCUUAAUACCCGAUCAAAAUCCACAAAGCUUAGACAAUUCCAGAACCUGUCGGCGAAACCAAGUGAUAAUCUAAAUGUGUUUACACUUUCAGAGCUGAGACAAGCAACCAAAAAUUUCAGCAACACUGCCAAGAUUGGGGAGGGUGGAUUUGGAUGUGUGUUUAAGGGCAUGAUCCGAUGCGCUGACGAUCCAUCCAAGAAAAUCAAUGUGGCAAUCAAACAGCUCGGUCAGAAGGGACGACAGGGCCACAAAGAAUGGGUGACAGAAGUUAACCUUCUCAGCAUUGUUGAUCACCCGAAUCUUGUAAAACUCAUCGGCUACUGCGCUGAGGACGACGAAAGAGGAAUCCAACGCCUCUUGAUAUACGAGUACAUGCCUAAUGGAAGCGUGGAAGACCAUUUAUCCGCCAAGGCUGCAUCAUCCCUACCAUGGGACUCGAGGCUGAAGAUAGCCUCAGAUGCUGCUCGGGGUCUCGAAUACCUACACAAGGGAAUGGAUUUUCAGAUCAUCUUCAGAGAUUUCAAAUCAUCGAAUAUUCUCUUAGACGAGGAAUGGAACGCAAAGCUCUCCGACUUUGGAUUGGCGCGGUUGGGCCCUUCCGAUGGACGAACACAUGUAUCCACUGCGGUUGCCGGGACUAUGGGAUAUGCAGCUCCCGAGUAUGUUCGAACGGGCCAUCUGAAAGCAAAGAGCGACAUUUGGAGCUACGGAGUCUUCCUCUACGAACUGAUCACCGGCAGGCGCCCAAUGGAGCGAAAUCUCCCGAAGAAUGAGCAGAAACUGUUGGAAUGGGUAAAGCCUUAUGUAUCAGACAGUAAGAAGUUUCAGCACAUAUUGGAUCCGAGGUUGGAAGGGGGGAACCAUGUCCUGAAAUCAGCCUGCAAACUCUCCCUCGUUGCCAACCGGUGCUUGGCUAAAAACCCAAAAUCCCGGCCGGAGAUUAGCCAAGUUCGGGAGAUGGUUAACCAAGUGUUGGAGGAGUCAUCCACAUAUUCGUCUACCAUGCCAUCACCAUUGCUGGCUGUAGAGGAACCUCAAACUAAAGGUAGAGGUAGAUCAUCCUAUAGCUAAUUCCAAAAAUACAAUAAUUACGCCUCUGUGUGUGUGUUUUUUUUCUAACUUUUGAUUGUUUUAUUUUUAAAAAAUGUUAUAUUUUAUUAUAGUUGGCA